GGGGGAGUCGAGGCAAAGCAGGCGCCCCGCACCUGGCAGCUCUGCCCUCCUCGGGAGGGCUGCCGCCGGCACCCGUCCGGAUUGGCAGGAGCCUGCGCCCUCCUCUUCCUCCCUUCCUUCUUUUCCCUCCUCCGCAGGGUGGGUUUCGGCCCUCCUCCUUCCUUGGGGAAAGGGGGAGUAGUUUGAAGAGAGAAAAAGAGAAAGGAAAUCCCAAGUCGCGUCCCCGACGUCUCCGGGCCUCGCGGCCGCCCCACAUUCCUGGCAUUCCUAAGCCGUGACUCCCCGCGCCGCCCCGGCCCCAGCCCUGCCCCGGCCCCGCCGCCUCCGGCUCGCCCGCCACUGGCCCCACUCGCCCCCGCGGGACACCAGUCCCCUCCCUCCUUCUCUUACGCUCAGCCUCCCUCCUGCCCGCACCCCGCGGGCGGCAGCCGGAGCUCAGGGCGCCCCGGCCCCCCCCAGCUCCCGGCCGCCCCGCCGAAGCUCCCCACGGUGGCCGGGCCGGGGCGGCGGGAGCGGGUCUGCCUCCCCACCAGCCUCCCCUCCUGCGGGAGCGCGUAACGCCGGAGCCGCCGCCGAGCAGGAAUCCCUUGAAGCUCUCCCUGGGAAUGGACAGCUACCUCUAUUUCUGGAGGAGAGUCGUGGCACUUGAAGAAGCCUUCAAGGCGAGUCGACAAGGGUGCUGAUAACUCUGGGAAGAGCACAGGGAAGGGGCUGCCUUCCAGGCCAGCAGCCAUGCCUUUCGGGCUGAAGCUGCGACGGACCAGGCGCUACAACGUCCUGAGCAAGAACUGCUUUGUGACAAGGAUCCGUCUGCUGGACAGCAAUGUGAUCGAGUGCACCCUCUCCGUGGAGAGCACGGGGCAGGAGUGCUUGGAAGCUGUUGCUCAGAGGCUGGAGUUACGUGAGACACACUACUUCGGCCUUUGGUUUCUUAGCAAGAGCCAGCAAGUCCGCUGGGUUGAACUGGAAAAACCUCUAAAGAAGCAGCUGGACAAAUUUGCCAAUGAGCCUUUGCUUUUCUUUGGGGUGAUGUUCUACGUGCCCAGUGUUUCCCGACUGCAGCAGGAGGUAACAAGAUACCAGUAUUACCUACAAGUGAAAAAGGAUGUUCUUGAUGGCCGGUUGCUUUCUUCAUUGGAGCAGGGAAUUCGACUAGCUGGUUUGGCAGUGCAAGCGGAUUUUGGAGACUAUGAUCAGUUUGAAUCUCACGACUUCCUCCGGGAAUACGUCUUGUUUCCUAUGGAUUGGACCCAGGAUGAAGCUGUCUUGGAGGAGUUGACUCAAAAGGUUGCUCAGGAGCACCGAACUCACAGUGGCAUUACAGCAGCAGAGGCUGAGCUUAUGUACAUCAGUGAAGUGGAACGCCUUGAUGGGUUUGGACAGGAAAUUUUCCCUGUGAAGGAUAAUCAUGGAAAUGACAUACACCUGGGUAUUUUCUUCAUGGGAAUCUUCAUAAAAAACAGAAUUGGAAGGACAACUGUGAUCUACAGGUGGAAUGACAUUGGGAAUAUAGCACAUAACAAGUCUUCCAUUGUUCUAGAGUUGAUCAACAAAGAAGAGAAUGUGCUCUUUCACACAGAUGAUCUUGAAAAUGCCAAAUAUAUUUCACGGCUGUUUGCAGCAAGACACAAGUUUUAUAAACAGAACAAAAUCUGCACAGAACAAUCAAGUUCUCCUCCCCCUAUCCGACGACGGCCCACUUGGAGUAGAUCAUCCUUGCCAAGACAACAUCCAUUUAUACUGCCUCCUAUGCAUGUCCAGUGUGGAGAACACUACACUGAAACACAUAAUUCACAAGAUAGCAUUUUCCAUGGAAAUGAAGAAACUUUCUACUGUAGGUCUCAGACCAGUUUGGAUAGGUGUCCAAUGGACUUCAGCUACUUGAAUGGUAAUAGACCCAAUGGGAGCGUAUGCAGUGCCCACAGCAUGAACUCUCUCAAUCGCUCACAGAACUUCAUCCAGGCAUCUCCAAUGUCCUCCAAUCUGAGCAUCCCUGGAAGUGACAUCAUGAGAGCAGACUAUAUCCCCAGCCACAGACAUAGUGCAAUCAUAGUACCAUCUUACCGGCCAACUCCAGACUAUGAAACCGUCAUGAGGCAAAUGAAGAGAGGGGUGAUCCAGAUGGAUAGCCAGAGUCAGUCUUUGAGGAAUCUCAAUAUUGGAAACACACAUGCUUAUAACCAGCCAGAAGACCUAGUUUACAGUCAGCCUGAGAUUCGAGAGAGGCAUCCUUACACAGUUACAUACGGACCCCAGAGCAGUGGCUAUAACAAGCCCGUCGCCCCGUCUGACCAAAUGAACCCUAGUAAUGCUGCUCAGAAUAAGACAGCAGCUAGUGCCAUAUCCCACACCGUCAGCACACCCGAGCUGGCUAACAUGCAGCUGCAGAGCAGCCAGAGCUACAACACCGCUCACAUGUUAAAGAACUAUCUCUUCAGACCCCCGCCUCCAUACCCACGUCCGCGUCCCGCCACGAGCACGCCAGACCUGGCAAGCCACCGGCACAAGUACGUCAGUGGCAGCAGUCCUGACCUGGUCACUCGCAAGGUCCAGCUCUCGGUUAAAACCUUCCAGGAGGACAGCUCGCCCGUCGUCCGUCAGUCACUGCAAGAGGUCAGCGAGCCCCUCCUGGCAGUGAAGCACCACGCGGCUGUGAACAAGCGCCACAGCUUGGAGGUCAUCAGCAACAUGGUACGUGGUAUAGAAGCCAUGGCACUGAAAACUCUAAACGCUCCUCUGCCGCGCAGGAACACCCUGCGGGAGCAAGUGCAGCCGGAGGAGUCGGUUCAGAUGGGGCACGAAGUUCAGCAAGUUCCUCACUAUCAUCACAAAAAGACGUUCUCUGAUGCCACCAUGCUGAUACACAGCAGUGAAAGCGAAGAGGAAGAAGAGACCUCAGAAUCCGUGUCGCAGAUUACAGCCCUCCAUAAGAACAUGGAGUACAGUGCUCAGCUGCAAGCUGCCCUGGCUAGAAUACCAAAUAAACCUCCUCCAGAGUAUCCUGGGCCUCGGAAAAGUGUCAGCAACGGGGCCCUGAGGCAGGACCCUGUUAGCAUUUCUGUGGCUGUAGCCAGGGCCAAGGCCAUGAGGCCAGGGCCUUCCAAAGCCAUCAGUGUGUCUCGAACUGAUCAAAUGGCAAUAAACGGAUCCUCGCUCGGGCCCUCUAUCUCAGAGCCUGACCUUACAAGUGUGAAGGAGCGGGUCAAGAAAGAACCUGUCAAGGAAAGACCUGUGUCUGAAAUGUUUUCUAUUGAGGACAGCAUUAUAGAAAGAGAAAUCAUGAUGAGGAAUCUAGAAAAGCAGAAGAUGGCAGGCCUGGAGGCCCAGAAGAGGCCCUUGAUGUUGGCAGCACUGAAUGGACUCUCAGUUGCUAGGGUUCCAGUGCCAGAGGACAGCCAGGAUGAAGUCACCAAGGUGCCAAUGGAUGAGAGGUGCAAAAUCCUGAAGAGGAAGUUGGAAGAGGGGAUGGUGUUUACAGAAUAUGAGCAGAUUCCAAAGAAAAAGGCAGAUGGGAUCUUCACCACUGCUGCCUUGCCUGAAAACACUGAGCGCAACCGCAUCAGGGAGGUCGUUCCUUAUGAGGAGAACAGAGUAGAGCUGGUGCCGACCAAAGAAAACAACACAGGCUACAUCAAUGCUUCACACAUAAAGGUUACUGUAGGUGGAGAGGAAUGGCACUACAUUGCUACCCAGGGGCCUCUGCCACACACAUGCCAUGACUUCUGGCAGAUGGUGUGGGAACAGGGGGUGAAUGUUAUAGCCAUGGUCACAGCUGAGGAGGAGGGAGGAAGAAGUAAGAGUCAUCGUUAUUGGCCCAAACUGGGCUCUAAGCACAGCUCAGCCACUUACGGGAAGUUCAAGGUGACAACCAAGUUCCGCACGGAUUCUGGCUGCUAUGCGACUACCGGUCUGAAAGUCAAGCAUCUUCUCUCUGGACAAGAGAGGACAGUGUGGCAUUUGCAGUACACUGACUGGCCAGACCAUGGGUGUCCAGAAGAAGUCCAGGGCUUUUUAUCUUACCUGGAGGAGAUCCAGUCGGUGCGGCGCCACACCAACAGCGUGCUGGACAGCAGCAACCCCUGCAACCCGCCCAUCGUGGUGCACUGCAGCGCUGGGGUGGGCAGGACCGGUGUGGUCAUCCUCACCGAGCUGAUGGUCGGCUGCUUGGAGCACAAUGAGAAGGUGGAUGUUCCCAUGAUGCUGAGACACCUGCGGGAGCAGAGGAUGUUCAUGAUCCAGACCAUAGCCCAGUACAAGUUUGUCUACCAAGUGCUCAUCCAGUUCCUGCAGAACUCCAGACUUAUUUAACCUUUCCAAACAUCCCAGACCCUGCUUUGUGGAUCUGACUGAACCUUACUGACGAACAAGAGGAACUGCCUUGACAACGCUGUGUGCAUGUAUUGCACUUCUUAAGGUUGUCUUGAAAGUAAGGAAUGCUUGUUCUUUACUAGCAUCUCCCAUGGAUUAUUUUAUACAAGAUAUAAUUUAUUUUUCUUGGAAUAACUUGUGAAUUACUUUAAUAACUUGUAAAACUUACAGUGACCUUCAAACUGAACCACAUUCGCAUAACUGGUCUGCAUUGUAACAUGUCCCUAAGGAAAGCAAUCCUUUGUAAAGGUAGUUUGCUGGCUUUUAUUUUGCUGCACGGCUUCUGAAAUGAGCAGUUAUUUGGAGGUGGGUUUUUUCUCAUGUAAGAACAUUCUGGACCCAGAUAUGCGGUGUCCAUGGUAUGAACAAGACCUGCUACAGCUACAGUUCUGUUUGAGUGGAAGCUGUGGGAACACAGUCCUGGAGCAUGGAGCCCUGAGCCGCUGCACUCACAGCAGUGCACGUUACAGAGGGCUCAAACACAGGACAUUGUGAGGGCAGAGUGUUUGGGUGCUAAACUGUUCAAAUUCCACAGGAAUUAAGGUUUUAGAUUAGGCCUUGAAAAAAAAAAGCAAUAUUGGAUCUUUUAAAUGAGGCCUUUGCUACUGUCUGCAGUCCUUGAAGGGGUUCAGAAGAGCUGAAGCACUGCAGGGUGAAGGGCAGUGACCUGGAGCAGACUGAGGUCAGUGGAUGGGUCUUUCUGGUAACUGUGGUGGGCUGUGGGUUAAACAGCAGAGGAAUUUCAACUCAGUGCUGCUGAAAAAAAACCUCAAACGGAGCACCUUCUUACGGAUUACACUGCCUUGAGGCUCACCUCCUGUAGAAAAGGAAUCUCAUUCAACUUAGGCAUCUCCAGUUGCUUUAGUUUUAUGUGUAAGCUACUGUCUUCAUCGUCAUCAUUUUACUUUCUAGUCAUUUGAACUCUGAAUCGUCAUUAUGGUCUUUCCUCCGUAUCUGAGAUCUCCAAACAGUGACCCUUGAGAGCUUUAGCUCAGAGUCUGCUGGAGUCUUCCCCAUCACUCUCUUGUGGUUUCUGAGCACAGGGAGCAGUCUGUCUUUUGGUGUUGGCCAACCUCACUUUGUUAGGGUAUUUACUGUAUUGAAUUGCACAGAUCAUCUGUCUUCUCUGUCUGGGUCACUUUGGAUUCUCCCUCCUAUUUAUUACUAUUUUAUCUAGGUAGUGUUCAAGGAUUCCAGUGAGGAUUCAGAGGAUGAUAUGUAUUUAUGUAUAAUAACAUAAAGGAGAAAUGGUCCUUGCCUGGAGUUUACAACCAGAAAAGCAAAGGGAAACAAACCUCAUCCACUGCAUAACUAGGGCACAGAUCCUUAACUGGCUUGCCCUAGGCCAACAGUGAAAUCUGUAACAGAGCUAGG